UUUUAACAAAGACAGAAUUCUGGCUUUAUUAAAAACAAACAAAAAACUAUUAACCUUCUCUGGUGGACUUCUCUUCCAGCUGUUGCUGAACCUGGUGUGCCCCUGGCUCGUUAGGCUGUGCAGCUGAGGCUGCCGCGCUCACCGGAAAGCAGGACAUUUAUGAUUGAGUUCCUGUUAUUGACUGGCUCUAGAGAAAAAUGCCAAAUUACAUCAGACAAUACAGAUGGAUCGUACUUGGCCGAGUUCCUGUUGGAAAAGGGCUAUGAGGUGCAUGGCAUCGUUCGUCGGUCCAGUUCUUUUAAUACAGGCCGGAUUGAACAUCUCUAUAAGAACCCCCAGGCUCACAUUGAAGGAAACAUGAAGCUGCACUAUGGAGAUCUCACAGACAGCACCUGCCUGGUGAAGAUCAUUAAUGAAGUCAAACCUUCUGAGAUUUACAAUCUGGGAGCUCAGAGCCAUGUCAAGAUUUCUUUUGACCUAGCAGAAUAUACUGCUGACGUUGAUGGGGUUGGCACUUUACGGCUCCUGGAUGCUAUUAAGACCUGUGGCCUUAUCAACUCUGUGAAGUUUUACCAAGCCUCCACCAGUGAACUUUUUGGAAAAGUGCAAGAAAUCCCGCAGAAGGAGACCACCCCUUUUUACCCAAGAUCGCCUUACGGGGCAGCAAAACUGUAUGCCUACUGGAUUGUGGUGAACUUCAGGGAAGCCUACAAUCUCUUUGCUGUGAAUGGCAUCCUCUUCAAUCAUGAGAGCCCCAGAAGAGGGGCUAACUUUGUCACUCGAAAGAUUAGCCGAUCCGUAGCAAAGAUUCACCUUGGGCAGCUGGAUUGUUUCAGCCUGGGCAAUCUGGAUGCUAAGAGAGACUGGGGCCAUGCCAGAGACUACGUUGAGGCCAUGUGGUUGAUGUUGCAAACGGAUGAGCCUGAGGACUUUGUCAUAGCCACUGGGGAGGUCCACAGUGUCCGUGAAUUUGUGGAGAAGUCAUUUAAGCACAUUGGGAAAACCAUUGUGUGGGAAGGGAAGAAUGAAAAUGAAGUGGGACGAUGCAAAGAGACUGGCAAGAUUCAUGUGACAGUCAAUCACAAGUACUACAGGCCAACUGAAGUGGAUUUUCUGCAAGGAGACUGCAGCAAAGCCAGGCAAAAGCUGAACUGGAAGCCGAGAGUCACGUUUGAUGAGCUGGUGAGGGAGAUGGUGGACGCUGACGUGGAGCUCAUGAGGAACAAUCCCAAUGCCUGAGCCCUGGCUGGGCCCGGCAGGUAUCACAGGACCCAUGCCACAGAUGCAACCCAUGGCCAGCACUGCCAUGAGCCACCAGGGUGGGCAGCUGCCCCUCCCUGUGAUGGUUUUAUUGUUGGCCUGCCCGUGUGUAAAAGA